CCGCUACCUUAGCUUAGCUUAGCUGUUCCAGGCGGGGCAGUGGGUCAGGCCGGAGUUGUGUCGCCUUUUCUUUCUUCAAUAUUCGGCUGACCCAUGUUCAAUCUAUCAAAUAUGGAUUUCGACGCUCUAUUCAACGAGAAGACAUUCGAGUUUUCGGACUUCCAGGAGUUUACGUUGCUUCCUGGACACCAGAAGUUAACUGAAAGAGUGAGAAAGCGACUUUAUUACGGCCUGGACAAAGACGUCUCCUUAGAUGCCCUCUCUUGCCCUGUUACAGAUAUUGCCGUCGAAAUCCUCCAGAAAUCUGCCCCAAGCCCGAUCAGAAAGCUCCACAAGAAAUACGCUUCACACGUUGUCAGGGAGGCCUGCAUCUCUCCAUGUGCCAUGAUGUUGGCUCUCGUUUACAUAGAAAGGCUCCGACACAGAAACCCAGAAUACCUUCAAAAGAUCUCCUCCUCUGACCUUUUCCUCAUCUCCAUGAUGGUUGCCAGCAAGUACUUGUAUGAUGAAGGCGAGGAGGAGGAAGUUUUCAACGAUGAGUGGGGAACAGCGGGGAAGAUGGACGUCCAAACUGUCAACAACCUGGAGAUGAACUUCUUAAAUGCCAUUGAGUGGAGACUUUUCACAGAGCCACGUGACUUCUUUGACACACUGAGUCAUCUAGAAACCAGCAUCGCGGAGCGUCAGGGGAUGAAGCGUGGCUGGUUCACGUACACUGACCUGUGUGUUCUGCUGGAACAGUCGGCGUGGAGUCAAGCUCUCACCAGCAUCUACCUGCACUUUACUAAGGUGUCCUGUAUGAUCGGCCUGGUGUAUCUGACCGGCGUGGCCGGUCUUAUUGGCAGCAGCACCGUGCUGCACCAGCUCAGUCUCUCCAGGAGCGCUCACUCCUCGCUUCAACCUCAAGCUGAGAACACGCCGGCCUACGUCCAGACCUCUAAUCUGAACCCAGACGCUCCCGCUGCAGCUCCCUGCUGUGUCCUCGCCAACAAGACUCUGGACGCGUCCCACAAACCCAGUCCUCCGUCUGCUCUGGCGCAGACGUCCGUGUUAUGUCUCUGGGGCUCCCUCCUCGCUUCGAUGGGUCACAUACAUCCUGAGUCUGACACGGAGACGUCUCACACCUGGUCUGCCGCGUCCUUCUUCUGUCCCGGCUGUCUGGCGACGCUCCCGCCUCUUCAGUGCGGGCUCAAAAACACCUCAGCACUCCCGGGUCGUUGUUCCCACGGCAGCCGGCAGCGUCCCGCUCCCUGGCUGGGAUCACCGAACCUUCUCGGAGCGGUGGAGCCGAGUGUGACCUCUGGUCUUGGUGUGUUUCCCACAGUGCGGCUGGGAUCCUGUCACCCGGCCUCUGUGCUUCCUGUGGAGAAAACCCGGGCUCUGCUCAUGCCCGGCUAGACACUGACGUCAGCCUGGAGUGACGGACUCUGGAAAUCAAACCAGCACUGUUUUCAUGACUCAGCAACAGCGUUAAAGGGACAAUUGUAUGAGGAACUAGCCUGAGGCACAUACGGGACAGGAUUUAAGUCUGCGAUAUCUUUACAAUAUCAUGCCAUUUGUUUUUCCUACUCUCCCACACCAAAUUCCAUAGAGAAAAUCAGUGAUUUUAGCUCGCAGGGACACAGGAGCUGCUGGUCUACUGCUGCCUCAUGUGGACACUUUUUAUCACUGAGCUUAAACCGCAUGAAGGUUUCCAAACAUUCAAAGUCACAAAGCAGCAGUGGAUCAACAGCUCCUGUGUGCUGUGCUGUAAAAAUCGCUGGUUUCUCUAUGGGGUUUGGUGUGAGAAUUUGCUUUUGAAUCCCAAGAUAAAGCAGUGAAACAUCUCCUGAAGAUAUAUCAGAGUCAAAUGUGUCUCAGGCUGGACUCAACUGUCCCCUUUUUUAAAGUCAUGUUAGUUUUACUUUUCCAGAUCUAGAAGACAGGUGUGAGGACACAAAGGUGAUCAGGUACAUUAUAGACACGGCGAGAGUCUGACAACACAGCACUGGAGGAGAAUUCCUCAUCAUUCGCUCAUUCACAAUGUUAUUUUUGCCAUAAUGAAACAGCCAUAUCUUUUUAGUUAAAGCGCUUAGCGUCGGCUUCAACUAUUUUACCGCCUACUGCUUGCUGUAGUUUGAAGUUUGAGGCUCGUGUGAUGGCGACGGUGGAGGCUUUGUUUUGUUUUGAAUCGAUGGCGAGACAGAAAGUGACGUCACGAGGAACAAGGGACGAAAAAAAAGUUGACUUUGCAAAAUAGAGUUUGGUUUUACCAUGACUUGCUUUUGUGUUACCAGAGUUGUUUUUUAAAGGUUUACAUCAGACAUUCGUCGCACUUAACGCUGCAAGCACUGACAUUUUAACCUACUUUUCUCAACUCCUGUCACUGUCAUCGUUCAGCUUAUUUAUUCAGGAGACAAGCGGCAAAAAAAGAGACAGUUUGCAUCAUUUUUUUUUACCUCAGUCAUAUCCUCUUUAUUUGCAGUUUUCUUUUCAUGGUCAUAUGAAGAGUUAAGACACUUGGAACAGGGUAAUGUUUAGCCAAACUUAAUGAGUUUCUGGCUUUUUUAGGGUUUGUGGUUUGAAGAGAUUAGAAUCAUUUAAAGGUAGAAAGAAAAUAACAGCAGUUUUUGUUGUUGACGUGGUCUGGAACUUGCACAUCUGUUACUUUUCACUCCAUGAUCACACACACACACACAAAGACUAGAUUUAAUGGACACAGUUGCAGAGACCUAAAAAUGAUCAGAGCGCUUGAAUUUGAUACGCGAGGAAAAAAAGGAAAAACAAACGACGCAAGUCCUUUUUAAAUUUUGUAAAUGCUGUAAAAAAACAAAAAACAAAAAUGCAAAUAUUGUACAAAAAGAAUGUAGGAAAAAAAUAAAGAAUGCAUUACUUUGUGA